AUGAAACGGGUUGUGGCUUGUUUUGACGAAAAAGAUCCAUCCACGGGACGACGUAAAAGAAAUUGGUGCACAAUAAAACACAUGUUUCGAAGAGUUCCAAAUCCUCUAUGUAUUUCACGUUUUCGAAAAUAUGUCGAUAACGGUGGCACGCAACGACAAAAACUUGAUGAUGUUGAUAUUUUUGUUUACGAUAUGUUCGAAAAUGCAAGACAGCAAUUUCUAUGUGUGUAUGAUAUUGAUUUGAGGAGAUGGGCUCUGAAGAAAGCUCGUGAAUUGAAUUUGGAAGCUUUUGAAGCUUCUAGUAAAUGGUUGUUAAAUUUUAAACAUUUACAUAGAAUUUCAAGUAGGCGAAUAACACAAUUAGUUACAAGAAAACACAUUGAAAGUCAAGAAGAAAUCGAUGAAUCAGCUAAAAGAUUUGUUUUUGAAACCAACAAGUUAAUUGAAAAUACAAUCCAGAAGGAGUACUCAAUAGUGAUCAAGUUGAAUUAA